AUGCCUCGUCUACUCGCCCCUCUCCCCGUCCGCUCCUUGACGAGAAUCUCCUCCCCAAUGCUGCGCGGCGGUCUUCGUCAUCCAUCGUCCACCGCUCCUCUUUCCACCACUUCCGCAUCACGGGCAGCAGAUCCAAGCAGCACUCCCGGCUGGGGAGGUCGUGGGUCCGAAAGCCAUGCCGUGAAUCGGUCACAGCACGACCCUCAGUCCGAGGGCGCGCAGCAGGGCAUCAAGGACCACGAGGAGGGCAAGGAGGGCAGCCAGGCCAUCAGCCGCAAGGACGAGGGCAAUGCGAACAAGAAAGCCGAGGAGGACCAUCCUGAAGCGCCACAGCCAGUCAUUGGCAUGAAUGACGAGAGAGGCCAGAAACCUAAUUAA